AGCGCCGGGGGAAACCAAAGGAGAGCGCGGGCGAUGGAGCGGAAGUUCAGCCUGGAGCAGCGAACAGAGCGCCUGAUGCAAAGGAGGUGGGAAAGCAGCCCGGCCUCAAGUGCCCCUCGGGAUCCCCAAGCGCCCCUAGGAGGCCCCAGUCUGCUCCCCCGUUCCCUCAGCGUUGUCCUGGGCUCAGAGUGCUCCCCAGACCCCCAAAUGCCGCCCCAGACCUCUAAGCGCCUGCCAAAUCCCUCCUUUGCCCCGGUGAGACCCAGGCACGCCUCGGGGACCCUCAGCUACCCCACCCGAUCCCAGGUGAUGCCCCAGACACACCAUUGUGCCCAUAAGUGCGUCCCGCAGCCCCUCAAACUCCGCCCGAGACCACCAGUGCCACGGGCUCAGUACAGGGUCAGCAUUUCGGGGGUCCUCGCCCCUCCCCAACCUUCUCCUCCCCCCACCAGCCAGGCCCUGCUCAGGCCCGGCCCCCGCGGGCCGGAAGGGGCGAAGGCGCUGCUUGGCUCCGCCCUCUGCAGCUCCACCCUCGAUGACCCCCUCGUCCAAUGGCGCUUGGGGCGGUGCCGAGGGAAGGAGCCAGCGCUGGACACGCCCCUGGUGGGCAGGGCCCUGCUGGGCUCUGCUGCUCCCCGGGGUUCCCUGCAAGGAGUGCUGCCGGGGAGGUCACGUGACCCACCUGAGGCGCCGUGGCCAAUCGGGAGACACUUCUGCAAGCACCAGGGGGCGUCUUCACCCCAGGCUGGCUCCCAGGAACCCUUGUGGCAGGAUCCAUGUUGGAGGCCGCCUGACUCCCGCAAGACCCUCUGGCCAUUGAGGAGUAGCUCUCUGGAUACCCUGCAGGGGGCACUAUACUCACAGUCACGCGACUCCCACCAUGCCCUGCGGCAAAUCAGCAGCAGCUGCUGUGCACCUCUGCACCAGGGGGUGCCGCCUGGGAAGCGAGACUCCCAUGAGCCUUUGCUCCAGGAGCCAUUAUGGGGGUCACAUGACUGCCUCGGGGCUCUGUGGUGUGCCCCAUAUUGGAAGUCACGCGGCUCCCAGGAUGCCCUGGGGCCUGCAAGGGAGGCACUUCCUGAGCCCCUGCCCCAGGGAGGGCCCGGCUUCAGGUCACAUGACCCCCGUGAGGCCCCACAGCCAAUCCGAAACAGUGCACGUGAUGCCCCACAGGAGGCGCCGUGGCAGCAGCCACUGGCCCCGCCAGGCCCUCUUGGGGACCCCCUCCUCUGGAUGCUGCGAUGCCACCGCCGGGCCAUAAGGGGAUGCCUUCGGGCCAUUGAGACCCUCCUGGAAUGCCCUCCUGGGCACCCCCAACCCAUGGUGGGGCCAAUAAAGCAAUGA